AUGAAGCUGUCAGUACAAAGCCUUAGCCGCGCAAUGUGUACCGUGAUCGGUUUCACUGCGCUCGCAUGGUGCAGUCCAACAAUCAACGGGAAUGCAACCGGAGACUUAAUCGCAAGAGCCGACCUCGUCGACAGAGCAGGCAGGAUGAAUUGGUCUCUCCAGAACGUCGUCUGCAGCUUCACCGGCGCGGACCGAACCUCCUUCACGGAAGGCCAGCAGCAAUUCUGCAACAUCCUACUCUCCGCAUACGGCGGGACGACCCUCUAUUUCCUCGAGUGGAUCUCGGAAGCCGUGUGCGAGGGCAACUCGGCGUGUGAGUUGACGAUGAAAGUCGCCUUUGGCGUCGGUGGCGGCUUCCUUUACACCGAGUACGGCACGUACUGCAAGGACAUCUUCCAGGAGAUCUGGAAUGAUUGUAAUGGGCAUAGAGGCAGUGACCAGUUGACGAUUCUUGGGGAUGCGCCUGCGAAUGCGAAGAAGGAGAAGAGAGGACCGAAAGACUACCAGGCGCUUGUCACCAUUGCUUAUGGGGCAAAAGGCUACUGCCAGGGCGAUUCAAGCCCAUCUAAUGUCGGUGCUAGGUGCAUUCAUAAUGGCGUCAAUCUGGGCUCUCAGUAG